ACAUUUGACACAGUGCAGCCAGGAGGUGCCAUGGGGCUGCAGCUGCGACUGGCCAUUCUGCUGUCACUGCUGUCUCUGGUGCGGUGGCUGGGGUAUCCCAUCUGGCCGGCAGCCGGGGCCUUAGCCCUACGCUGGCUCCUGGGGGACCUCGCCUGCUGCGGCUUGCUUGGCCUGGCUGUACUGGCACGGCCAUGGCUCGGUCACUGGAUGCCCCCUUGGUGGAGCCUGGUGGCCACCGUGCCCACGCUGAGCGCGUUACCUGCCCGGCCACCAGCUGGGCUGCUCUGGCUGCCGGCUGACCUGACCUACAUCGCGAGGAUCUUCUCUUUGGGUCGCAAAGUCGAGGCACUUCUGGCCCGCCAGCCCCCCCACACCUUUGUGGACUGCUUCGAGCAACGAGCACGAGAGCGACCAGACAGCGUGCCGCUGGUGUGCACGGGGCCCGGGGGACAGUCAGUGACCUACCGGGAGCUGGACACCCGUGCCUGCCAGGCGGCGUGGGCCCUCAAGGACAAGCUGGGGAAGCCCCCGGGUCAGGCUGCCAAGGAGUCGGCUGCCCUCCUGGUGCUGCCUUCCAAGACCAUCCCAGCCCUGGGCUUGUGGCUGGGGCUGGCCAAGCUGGGCUGCUCGGUGGCUUGGAUCAAUCCACAGAGCCGGGGGGAGCCCCUGGCCCACUCGGUACUGAGUUCCGGGGCCCAGUUGCUGCUGGUGGACCCAGACCUGCAGGAGAGACUGGAAGAGAUCCUCCCCACACUGCAAGCAAAGAACAUCCACUGCUUCUACCUCAGCCACUCUUCCCCUACGUCGGGCGUGGGGGCGCUGGGGCCGGCCUUGGAGGAAGCACCCCUGGAUCCUGUGCCUGCUGACCUGCGUGCUGGCAUCACGGGAAAAAGCCCUGCCCUGUUUAUCUACACCUCGGGGACCACCGGACUCCCAAAGCCCGUCAUCCUGACGCAUAAGCGGCUACUUCAUAUGUGCAACACACCGUCUCUCUGCGGGGUCACCAGUGAUGACACCGUCUACACAGUCUUGCCUCUCUACCACGUCAUGGGGCUGGUCCUGGGGGUCCUUAGCAGCCUGCAGCUUGGAGCGACGUGUGUCCUGGCUCCGAAGUUCUCAGCCUCCAGCUUCUGGGACGACUGUCGGCAGCAUGGUGUGACUGUGGUUCUGUACGUGGGUGAGGUGUUGCGAUACCUGUGCAGCUCUCCUCAGAGACCCGAGGACCAGAGGCACACAAUCCGCCUGGCCAUCGGCAAUGGCCUCCGAGAGGACGUGUGGAAGACCUUCCAGCGGCGCUUUGGCCCCGUGCAGAUAGUGGAGUUCUACGGCUCCACCGAGGGCAAUGUGGGUUUUAUCAACUACGCUGGGCGCUGUGGCGCGCUGGGCAAGAUGAGCUGCUUCCUCCGAAUGCUGUGCCCCUUUGAGCUCGUCCAGUUUGAGGCUGAGACGGCGGAGCCUGUGAGGAACAGUCAGGGUUUCUGUGUCCCUGUGGGGCCAGGCGAAGCGGGGCUCCUGCUGACCGAGGUGUCCGUCCGCAACCCGUUCCUGGGCUACCGCGGGCCCCGCGAGAUGACGGAGCGCAAGCUGGUGCGGGGCGUGCGGCGGACCGGCGACGUCUACGUCAACACGGGCGACGUGCUGGCCAUGGACGGCGAGGGCUUCCUCUACUUCCGGGACCGCCUCGGAGACACCUUCCGCUGGAAGGGCGAGAACGUGUCCACGCGGGAGGUGGAGGGCGUGCUGUCCCGCGCGGACGGCCUGGAGGAGGUGAACGUGUACGGGGUGCCCGUCCCAGGGUGCGAGGGCAAGGUGGGCAUGGCCGCCGUGAAGCUGGCCGCGGGCCGGACGCUCGACGGGGCCGCGCUGUACCGGCACGUGCUCGCGGCGCUGCCGCCCUACGCGGUGCCUCGCUUCGUCCGCGUGCAGGACCGCCUGGAGCUGACCGCCACCUUCAAGCACGUCAAGUCGCGGCUGGUGCGCGAGGGCUUCGACGCCGGCGUCGUGGCUGACCGCCUCUUCGUGCUGGACCACCAGGCGCAGGCCUUCAGCCCACUGACGCCCGACACCUACCGGGCGGUGUGCGACGGCAGCUGGAAACUCUGACAGCCCGGC